GUUUUACUCCUCGAAUCCAGAAUUGAAGCCGUGAAGCGUCAUGAAGGUCGUCUUUCUGGCAUCGAUAUUUGUGUUUGCUGCGUAUACGUCCGUCUGUCACGGAUUACCUACGCCAGAAGUUGAUCCUUAUAGAUACAAGACGGGGAUAGACAUUCAACGAACAGGGGCGGACUGGAGAAAGGUCGGUACAGUCGAUAAACCGCACAACAUGGGAUUUCCCGAAAAGAACGGCAAAGGAGGGCCAAACUAUCCGGAUACUUUCUUCGGGGCUUACCGGAUGAAUCCCAACUACCGAUCCGAGGAUGAUCCAUUGUAUUUUUGGCUGGCACAAGUUCCUAAGCAGACACCGUACAAUCCAAUUCCAUACGCUGUUUAUUAUCAGUUAAGUGCUGAUGAUGUAGCUGUUUACGACAACGGUAUUUCGUACUAGAGGAAUCAUUUUUUUUUUGUUCCUUCCUUGCUAAAAAAAGAGGCAAAAGGCAAUUAGUCUUUUUACACAAGCGUAUAGCCUUUUUAUACUACACCAUUCGAUAAUCGUGCUUGGAAUUCUUAUACUUGGGAUGGCCCAGGUGAACAGCCUUAAAGUAUAAUUAACCGUACACAUCUUUUUGAUUCACGUAUGUUUGUACAAUACGAACGAUUUUCUUUUUGUUCUCUUCUCGUGCAACCGAAAUGAUCCUAUUAUCGAUUGAUGAACUCAUGUUUAUUAAAACACCUUGAAGGUUCUAUGUAUGGAAAAUAUAAUAGUCCCACGAUA